AUGGAUUUCCAACCAAACACUGCUCUACAUCUAAGCCUACCAAGCAAUCAACCGAACCUAGAACUUGUACUUGAGCCAUCCUCUUCCUCAUCAUCAUCACCUCGUAGUCCAGCAGAACCUCGAAUUUUCUCAUGCAACUAUUGCCAAAGAAAGUUUUAUAGCUCACAAGCUCUUGGUGGUCACCAAAACGCUCACAAGCUUGAGAGAACCUUAGCCAAGAAGAGCAGAGAGAUGAGUUCAUCGGUACGGGCUUAUGGAGGAUCGAACCUACGGUCAGGAUCAUCAUCUAGCAAGAGUAGCUCAAGCUAUCCUCGAAGCGAUCAGCCAGCUCUAGCAGGGUUCGAGCACCAUGGACAAGCUGGUAAGUUUGUUGGGGACGCGAGCUAUGGCAGGACAGAGAUGAAUUAUGGUUCUAGAGAAGGAAUAGGGGGUUCUUGGUCCAUGGUAUACAGGACGGAAAAUGUUCAAGAUGAGUUAAGCCAGCUCGACUUGUCUUUACGGCUUUGA